UUUAAAUUUGUCAUUUUCUUACUCAAUGACAGAAUGUCGAAUAGACUUAAUUGAACAGUUAAAGGGCUACUUCACUGAUCUUUAUCGAUUUAUCAUUGCUUGAUUCGCAUAAUGCAGUAUUGUAUAAGAAUAUUUGUAAAAACCGAAAAAACACAUCAUAAUUUACUCAGUGAUACCCUGAAACAACAUGGACAUACAAUGAUACAUGACUGUCAGCCACUGUUAGUGUUACAGUAUUUAAUAUAAAUAGUACUUUUAGUAGUUCAAACUUUAUCCAUGAGAUGAUGGCACACUUCAUUAAUGUGAGGUUUUCGAAGGAGAAUUCAAAAGUGAUUGACAUUUCAGGAGCUGAAAAUGUAGCUGAUAUAAAAAAGAUUGUGUCUUGUACUCUUUCCAGAAGUCCUUCAGACUUUAAUUUAUUAUUUUGUGGUAAAAUACUGGAGAAUGAUAUAAACAUACAGGACUUGAACCUUUGUGCAGGCAGUGUUUUGCAUGUGUUUGAAAAGAAAAAGUCUGGCUGUUCACCUGUUUCUCUGGAUGUAGAACCAAGAACUGUAAAGAGUGGUCAAAAGGACUCUUUUCUCAAGCAGUACUUUGUGUAUUGCAAGGUUUGUGGAGGACUUUACCCUGGCAAACUAAGGAUGAGAUGCCAAACUUGCAAACAAGGUGCUAUACUUAUGUGUCAGGAGCCUGGAAGCUGGGCUGAUGUGUUAACUGCUGGCCGUCUCCAGGGACUCUGCAAGGACUGUGAUAGUAACCAACCUGCUCAAUUUUACUUCAAGUGUGGUAGUCAUGAUGGUGAUGAAGAGUGUGCCCCGCUCCGACAUGUGAAACCAAACACACGGGACAUCGAGUGUGUCAUAUGUACCGAUAUCAGGAGUCCUAUCCUGGUGUACCCAUGUGGGGAUAAACAUGUAGUGUGUGUUGACUGCUUCACCACAUACGCUCAGACCAACCUUGACCGGCGCUCAUUUGUGGCUGACCCUGACAUCGGCUACUCUCUUCCCUGUCCAGUGGGUUGUGACAACUCCCUCAUUCGAGACAUUCAUCAUUUUCAACUGCUGGGAAAAGUACAGUAUGAGCGUUACAAGGACUUUGGAGCGGAGGAGUGUGUGAUACAGGCGGGGGGCGUCUUCUGUCCCAAUGUGGGCUGUGGGGCGGGCAUGAUCGUGGACCAGCAAGCCAAGGACGUUCAUUGUCAUGCCUGCCAGUUUGAGUUUUGUCGGCUGUGCAUGCAGGAAAUCCACUCUGGCAGCUGUCCAGCGCUACAGUCUACAGACACUUUAUUAGGGGCAAUGGGUAUAGAUGAGAAUCGUGCAGCCCGGAGUCGCUGGGAGGCCCAGACAGUGUACACCAUACAACAGACAACCAAACCAUGCCCUCACUGUGCUGUAAAGACUGAGAGAAGUGGUGGCUGUAUGCACAUGAAGUGUAGCCGGUGUGCUAGCAACUGGUGUUGGCUAUGUGAGAAACCAUGGAAUCGUGGUUGCCAGGGCGACCACUGGUUUGGAUGACCUUUACCAGGGAUUUGUGACAUGAUAUGUUGACUUGAAAUUCCUUUAAAUUUGUUUUUGGGUGCUGCAUGACCUUGUACUGAACUUUAUUAGUUUACAAUAUGGUCAAGACAUGUUACUUAACAAUACACCUAAAUAUACUUUUUCCCAAUUAAGAUGUCUAAAUACUUGCUGAUAUCAAAAUAAUAUAAAUGGCAAUCUAAAUAUCCACAAGGGUUUCUAUGCAUAGGUGGACAAAUUUUGGUAUUGUGGUAUUCAAAAAAGUGCACAUGGAACUCAUUCGCCUGUGUAAAAUCUGAUGACAAAGUUUAUGGACAGUCGGUUAUUUUUAAAAAAUAAUCACUGUUGAAGGAGCAUAACUCUAAAACCAUUUUUUUUCAGCUUGAGUUGUGGGCCCUGCACCACUUUUGCCUUUAGGUAUAGUUCAUGUUAAUAUAAUGAGGGUAUUGUUUUGGUAAGAUUUUGAUAAUUUUUAAGUUCUAUCCCUACAAAGUUGGAAAAAAAAUCAUGGAAAGCAUUGGAGAUAAUUACCUGAAACUUUGUGUACCAGUGAUGAUAUGCCCAUGUGCAGCAAGGCCAACAACUUGAUAAUUGUUGAGUUAUGUCCCUUUUUACUUGAAAAUUACAAGACAAUUUUUGGCAUUUGGUCCACAGUGCUUUUGUUUAAAGUGAUAGUACAUUAUAACAUAUCUUCUUAUGUGAAUAUUUUGGUUGAUUUGUUUCUGUUACAUUCAUCAAUGUUAAUGUCCAUCAAAAAUACAUUGUAAUUCAAUAAUGGUUAAAUACAUAUAAUUAAAAAUCAACACAUUUCUAUAAAAUGUGUUAUGGUAGUUUUACUUGGUAUUGUACAUAAUGCAUUUUAUAACCAAAUAAUCAUGUUACUGCUCAGUUAGAAGUUGUGUUAAGUGUGUACCUAGACAUUUACAGUACUAUAGUAUGAGUUAUUUUAUUGAGUUGUUUAGUUGUAAUUUUUUUGUGAUAUAGUUAUAUUCAAAUAAUUUUCAUUUUUCGUACACAAGAUUGUUGACAUUGUCCUAUAAAUGAAAAGUAAUACAUCUGCAGAUGCCAAAACUUAGUUUAAAAAUGUGUUAUCAAAUGCAUCAUUAUGAUAUGAUUAUCAUUGGAUAGUUUCUCCAGCUGCUUGAAAGUAUAGAUCUACAUGUAUAAUAUUACGACCAACUCUUUUGAGUAAUCUUUGCUAGACUGAAUGUGUCUUAAGCCAUUUAAAACUGUUUAAAUACUGAUGUUCUCAUACAUGUCAUAUUUCUGGAGACGAUUCCAGAAUAUUUUGUUCAGAAUUCGUGAGGAUUUUGAUAUUAGACCAGGCGAUUUUGAUUGAUCAUCAUUUAUCUCCCGUGCAUCCUUUUACCUUUUUCUACAUCCUGAAGUAUUUUAAUACCAUAUAAAACAUUUAUAUUUUUAUGAGACACUGCGGUGAGUUUAUAUCACUACAUGUACAUCUAGUCAUCGAAGCAAACGGUGUCCCGGAGACCCGAGGAUUCUUAGAGGGACAUCAGAUUCUUGUAUCAUGGUGAAUCCAUCUUUUAGAACGUUUAUCAGAACAGUAAAUGUGAUGAAAUUGCUUAAGAUAAUUAAGUGAUAAAUAUGACCUCUUAUAACGCAUUGUAGUGAUUAUUCUCGGCGUUUCUUGUCCAGAUAAAAUUGUGCCAUAAAUGCAGUAAACUUACUGUAUUACUUUGUAUUUUCUAUUGUUGAUUUUGUAUGCUGUUAUCUCUCGAGUUUUAUAUAUUUAUUAUCAAAACAUUUAUCAAAUGAUAUCAAAUGACUGCCCUCGUGUCUAUUGUUUGUUAUCCUCUGUUUUCGGUAAUAAAUGCAGGUACACUA